UCGCAUGCAUUAUUUGAUGUCAUAUUAAUAUUUCUUAUAUUUUUAAUUUUUAUGGAUUAUAUAAUGAAUUUCUUUGUGAGCUAUCUGUAUUCGCCAAAUCUUCAUGAGUUAAAGAAUCCAAGAAUUUUAAGUAAUGUAAAAUUUCACUGAGAAACGGCUAUGUUAUUUUUAUCGUAGAGGUUAAUAGUACUGGAGCGCAUCUUUGAUUCUAAUUAUCUUAUGUUUGUUUUAGAAAGCGUUAAUGUGUUCUUCGAGAAUGUCAGAUACAAAAUUCUUGUGAAAGCCAUGGGAUAUUUGCAAUAAUAAGCUGAAGUGGGGCGAGAUCUCGAUGCAAUGCGCAACAGCGGAAAGCGAAAAGCGAAACGACGGUUUUAUCGCGGCUUGCAUUUUUUAUUAUUAACGUUAGUAAAUAGCGUAUAUCACUCAAGCUCAAGGUCAUCUGCGAUUAUCCGCGAUAUUAGCGGUAGACGUCGCGUUUAUAAGAUGGAUUUCCGCGUGAAUUCUCAGUGCAAUCGUUGUCAGUCAACACCUUGUGCCACAUUACGCAUCGGAAAAAAUACGUGAGAUUAUUAAUUUAUCUCAAUUUUACGAAUGGAGAAGCGGAUAAUUAUAAAUAUUCUGAGGCGCCGGGUGUUACGCAAGCAUAAUUCUUUAUCAGAAGCGGUAACAACAAACAACGUUUCGAUUAAAAUUAUUAAAGUGCUGAUUUAUUAAUAGAAAAAUGCCAGACAGUGAAGAAUAUCUUCAUCGAUUUUUAAUAUUUUCCUAGAUAUUAGUAAAAAUAUCUAUAAGAUUACAAAGUAUAUAUUGAGACAUCAUUAGAUUAUCCUACAAUUUAAUAAUUCUUCAAGAACAACAUAAAGCAGCCGAUGGAUUAUUUCUUCUCGCAAGUUGAUUGCUCGAAUAUAACCGCUCAAUAAGUAAUUCAAGUAAUCGAGAAAGACGACUUUAAUACUUACCAAAUAGUUUCGAAAAUUCAUUCACGUUAAAAAAUGAUGAGAUUGUGGAUUCUGUUCGUUCUGAUGGUAACUACCCACUGGCCGGUGGAGGGAAAGAUAUACACACAAUGUGAGGCUGUAAGGCAGUUAGUGAUAGCCAGAAUCAGUAGGUCCUUCAUCAGCAACUGGAUCUGCCUGAUGCAAUACGAAAGUGGGAUGGACACGCAUCUGGUAACUGGUCCAAAGAGAGGUUCCAGCUAUUCUUAUGGUAUUCUUCAGAUCAACAGUGCCGAGUGGUGCACCAGGGGGCAUAGAGGUGGCAACUGCGAUAAGCGUUGCGAGGACUACCUGAGUGACGAUAUACAGGAAGACAUCGUGUGCGCCAAGAAGAUAUUCGAUCAGCAUGGAUUCAAGGCUUGGGAUGGAUGGGUCAAGAACUGCAAGAACAAACCAUUGCCAAACCUCGCACACUGCUUCCGUCGGAAAAGAAUGGCGACCAAAGUCGAGACCGAGCUGAUUCUAUGAUGAUUGAGUGAUCAUAACGUUGUUUAACACAUUGACUGCAAUCCAUACAAGACUCAAAUUGAUUUUGCUUUUAAUUUCACUACUUGUAAUCAUUCACGAAUUAAAUUUUAUUAACUUACAUAAUUGAUUCCAUCAGAUCAUUUCAACAGAUUGCGUAUCUGUUUCCAUUAAAGGAUUUGUCUAAUUGCGCGCACCGUACCUGUUGAACGUAAUAAAAACAAAGUACGCUGUAUGUUUUAUAUAUAUGAAUCUAAACGGAUUGGAUCAACGCCACUUAUGAUGUAAUGCUUUACAGCCAUCUUAAACAUACGUUGCACAGCUUGACAGACUACGCGAAAUGGUUUAGAAAUUCCUACUGUUAGAAUCGCAAAACUAUACGUGAUGAGAUUUCGCUGAUGUCUUCCCGAUUUCAUCCCUUUAUACUCAUGUUACGUGUGCGACAUUCAAGAAGAUCGUUUUUGCUCCUAAGUCCGAGUGUCAUAUUUACGACAUUCAGAAAUAAGAUGGACAAGUCUUAUGUAACUAAAUAUCUCUGUAUUGAAGUAAAGAAGUAAGCUUUUAAAAAUUUCUUAAAGAGAAAGGUGUAUAUAGAAAUGUUACAAUACAAGCUAAUAAUUUCGUAUCGUAAAUAAUGACAUAUAUAACUAAAUAAUGUAAAUCUUAAGCCAAAUAAUA